AUGGCUACCUCGGACUGUUUAUCUGAUCAAGAUAAACAAUUUUUGGCCAGUUGUGAGGAAGAUCUAAAAAAUAGGUAUACAGAAAAAGACGAAGCAUUUAUGAAGGUUUUUAAUGCGGAGCCAAGUCCACCGCCUAUAAUAGAGUCAUGGUGGGUGCCAAACAACGGCGGGCGGCGGAACGACCGGCGCUUCAACCGGCGUGGCCAGCCGUACUCGCGCGACGGACGGGACGGGCGGGACGGGCGGGAUGGGCGCGACGGGCGCGACGGCCGAAGCCGCGGCCGCUACGACCACUCCCGCUCCUACGAAGAUAGGAGCUACCCCCAUCACAGCAAUCGCCCACGCCACUAUUAG